AUGCUAAUAGAGGAGACCUUCAAGGACGUUCAGACCAGCUAUGGUACUAGCGUGAGACUUUACACAUUUUCUCCCAAGAUUGCGGGCUACCCGAAUGCUCGAUUUCCUGGAGUUCUGUGCUUCAGCGAAAUCUACCAAGUGACCGGCCCCGUGAGAAGGUUCGCUCAAAAAAUCGCUUCGGAGGGAUUUGUCGUGGUAGCUCCAGCAAUCUACCACAAUUUUGUGGGUCCCGAACCACUCGCGUAUGAUGCUAAGGGCACUGAUAUGGGAAAUGAAUUCAAAAUUGAAAAACCUUUAGAGUCCUAUGAUGAAGACACCAAGCUUUGCUGUGAUUACCUCAGCACUUUGCCUCAGUUCAACGGGAAGAAAAUAGGUGCCACUGGCAUGUGUCUCGGAGGGCAUUUGGCCUUUCGUAGUCUGUUGGACAAAAGGGUCACUUGCGCUACAUGUUUCUUCCCAACGGAUAUCCACUGUAAGUCUCUCGGCAAAGGCAAGAACGACGACACCCUAACGCGUAUUUCCACGGAGGCUUCUCAAGAUCAAGAGCUGGUCCUCAUUUUUGGUACGCUUGACACACAUGUCCCACCAGAGGGCAGGGAUUUGAUCCGGAAAGAACUGCGCGAUCACGGCGUCAGUUUUACGUUCUUGGAAAUACAUGCAGCCCAGCAUGCUUUUAUCAGGGACGAGUCCAGCAAGGGCCGUUACGACAGCGCCAUCACCGAUAGUUGUCUGGGAUUUUUAUUCGAACAGUUCAAUAGAAAGCUGACCCUCGACGUGGGUGAAUUUGUUUCAGACCAGGGGACCGUGGAGCACGUAUGCUAA